AUGGCUGGCGCUCCCAGCACCUCCUCCUGGUCUUCCGCUCGCGUGCGCGAGGAGUUCUUCAAUUACUUCCGCUCGAAGGAACAUACGUUCGUUCACUCCUCUUCCACUAUUCCAUAUGAAGAUCCUACGCUCCUGUUCGCGAAUGCGGGCAUGAACCAGUACAAAGCUAUAUUCCUCGGAACGGUGGACCCUCAUUCGGAGAUGGCUAAGCUGAAGCGCGCAUUCAACUCCCAGAAAUGUAUCAGGGCCGGCGGAAAGCAUAACGAUCUGGAGGAUGUCGGAAAAGACUCGUACCACCACACGUUCUUUGAGAUGCUUGGAAAUUGGUCGUUCGGAGACUACUUCAAGAAAGAAGCCAUCCAAUAUUCCUGGGAGCUUUUGACCGAAGUUUACAAGCUGCCCAAGGAUCAGCUCUAUGUUACUUAUUUCGAGGGCGACGCUAAGAAUGGUCUUGAACCAGAUGAGGAAGCUAGACAGUAUUGGUUGGACCAGGGCGUUCCAGAAAGCCAUGUUCUUCCUGGAGAUGCGAAGGACAACUUCUGGGAGAUGGGAGCAACAGGUCCUUGUGGGCCUUGUAGCGAGGUUCACUUUGACCGCAUCGGCGGACGUAAUGCUGCGCAUCUCGUCAACCAAGAUGACCCUGACGUUCUUGAGAUCUGGAACAACGUUUUCAUACAAUUCAACCGCGAAGACGAUGGGUCGCUAAAGCUUCUUCCAUCAAAACACGUCGAUACUGGUAUGGGCUUCGAGCGCCUGGUCUCUGUUGUGCAGGGGAAGCGCUCAAAUUAUGACACGGAUGUCUUCGCGCCUAUUUUUUCGAAGAUCCAGCAGUUGACUGGUGCACGGCCAUACCAGGGCAAAUUUGGUGAAGAAGACGAGAGCGGUAUUGACACCGCAUAUCGCGUCGUCGCUGACCAUGUAAGAACUCUGACAUUUGCAUUGAGUGAUGGAGGUGUUCCAAACAACGUUGGCCGAGGUUAUGUGCUCAGGCGUAUACUGCGGCGAGGGUCACGAUUUGCAAGGAAGAAACUUUCCGUCCAGAUCGGAUCUUUCUUCUCGUCGCUGAUGCCGGUAGUGAUUGAACAAAUGGGUGGCGUGUUCCCAGAGCUCACGAAGAGAAUCGACGAGAUCAAGGAGAUCUUAGAUGAAGAGGAAGAGUCUUUCUCGAGAACACUGGACCGUGGCGAGAAGAUGUUCGACCAGUACUCAAGCCGUGCGAAGCAGCAGGGCCUGAAGGAACUCUCUGGAAAAGAUGUCUGGCGGCUGUACGAUACAUACGGGUUCCCGGUUGAUCUGACUCGGCUUAUGGCGGAGGAGCUGGGACUUACUGUGAAUGAGGAAGAGUUCGAGGCCGCCCAGGCUCACUCCAAGGAAGCAAGUAAAGGGGGGCAGAAGAAGGAUACCAGAGACGCAGUCAAACUUGAUGUGCAUGACAUCGCUGCAUUGGAAAAAAUGGCUGAUAUCCCCAAGACGGAUGAUUCUGCAAAAUUCCAAUUGGGGAACAUUGAUGCACGCGUCGUCGCCAUCUACUCCAAUAAGUCAUUCUUGAAGUCUACAUCACCCAUUCCGGAAGAUACCUCUUUCGGUCUGCUCCUCGACCGAACCAGUUUUUAUGCUGAGGCCGGUGGUCAAGAGUACGAUACUGGGAGUAUCAUUAUAGACGGUGUCGCCGAGUUCGAAGUUUCGAAUGUCCAAGUCUUCAAUGGGUAUGUUCUCCACAUCGGUCAAAUGAAGUACGGAAGUCUUCAAGUGGGCGAUGAAGUCGUGUCAUCCUACGAUGAGCUGCGCCGUUGGCCUCUCCGCAACAACCACACUGCUACACAUAUACUGAAUUUCUGCUUGCGUGAGGUGCUUGGAGAUCACAUUGAUCAGAAGGGCUCGUUGGUUGCACCUACUAAACUCAGGUUCGACUUCUCGCACAAGGCUCAGAUACCUGCACCUGAGCUGAACAAGAUCGAGACGAUGAACCAGGACUGGAUACGGAAGAAUGUGAAGGUUUAUAGUAAAAACGUUGCUCUUCAAGAGGCGUAUGAAAUUACCGGGUUGCGGGCGGUAUUCGGUGAAUCGUACCCAGAUCCUGUGCGAGUGGUUGCGCUCGAGUAUGACGUCGACGAGAUCGUGAAAGAUAUUCAUAAUCCGAAGUGGAGACAGACCAGUACUGAGCUCUGUGGUGGAACCCAUGUCGCUAAAACUGGGGACAUCAAGGAUUUCUUGAUCACCGAGGAAUCUGGCAUUGCCAGGGGCAUAAGGCGCAUCGUCGCCGUGACUGGACAAGAAGCCGCGGAGGCGCGCCGCAGUGCGGACGCCCUCACAGCCAAACUGGAUCAACUAGAGGCGAUGGAUGGGCACGAGAAGGAUACCGGACUGAAGGCUUACACUGUUGAACUGGGCCAAUCCGACAUCUCGCUGCUCAGGAAGACAGAGCUUCGCGAUCGUCUUGGCGCUAUUCGCAAGGCCUUUGACAAACAGAUCAAGGAGCGCGAGGCGAUUGCUAACAAAGCAGCCGUAGAUGGGAUCAACGAGUACUUCGAGAAGAACGAGGAUGCGGAGGCGUACUUCGCUGUUCUUGAGGUCAACGGAAAUGUCAAGGUACUACAAAGUAUCGCGCAACAGAGCAGGAAGCUCGGGAAGACGGUCUAUGUCUUCAGCGCUGAUGUAGCUGGGGGUAAAGUUGCUCACAUCAACUACGUUUCCGAGACGGCCAAAGCGAAGGGUCUGGAUGGUCGCGAAUGGGCUUCCACCGUCGCUGGGAUAUUAGGCGGAAAGGCUGGUGGCAAGGAAGAUAGCGCGCAGGGUGUCGGCGUCCAUGUCAACAAGGUUCACGAAGCAUGUCAGAUCGCUGGAGAUUAUUUCUCGCGGAAAACAGGGUUGUAA